AUGAGCUUGGAUCGCCAGAACGCCGCUCGCAAGGACGAGUUGGAGGGUACAACAAAAUCUGGCUUGCAGAGCCUACCUCAAUUGUCUCCUACCGCAGUCAAGGAAUCCGCUGGCAGCCCACCUCCCACACUCUGGAGUCAAACAAGGAAGAAUCUUGCCGAGCCCGUGGUGGCCGCAUUCAUGGCUGGCGGAGUAGCGGGAGCUGUCUCUAGGACCAUAGUUUCGCCAUUGGAACGAUUGAAGAUUCUUCUCCAGGUUCAAAGCGUGGGUCGAACUGAAUAUAAAAUGUCAACUUGGAAGGCGCUGGUAAAGAUGGGCCGAGAGGAAGGCUGGCGCGGGUUUAUGCGAGGAAAUGGGACGAAUUGCAUCCGCAUCAUUCCAUACUCGGCCGUUCAAUUCGGAAGCUACAACUUCUACAAGCAGUUCGCAGAAUCCCCCGAUGGCGAGAUGAGUCCAAUGCGGCGCCUUGUCUGCGGAGGUGCAGCAGGCAUCACCUCGGUGACAAUUACCUAUCCAUUAGAUAUUGUUCGAACUCGACUCUCGAUUCAAUCAGCUUCGUUUGCCGAUCUGGGGGUGAGAGAUCCAUCCCAAAGAUUGCCGGGCAUGUUCACCACGAUGGUCGCGAUUCACAAGAAUGAAGGUGGAGUCCGAGCUUUAUAUCGUGGAAUCGCACCCACCGUGGCAGGAGUGGCCCCCUACGUCGGGUUAAACUUCAUGACCUACGAAUCGGUGCGCAAGUAUCUGACCCCAGACGGGGAAAAGAACCCCAACUCCUAUCGAAAAUUACUGGCUGGUGCCAUCUCAGGAGCAGUAGCUCAAACAUGCACAUAUCCAUUUGAUGUACUGCGCCGUCGCUUCCAAAUUAACACAAUGUCCGGAAUGGGCUACCAAUAUAGCUCGAUAUGGGACGCAGUCAGAGUGAUUGUGGCCGAGGAAGGAAUGCGCGGCCUCUUCAAAGGUAUCGGGCCUAAUCUUCUUAAGGUUGCUCCCAGUAUGGCCAGCAGCUGGUUGAGCUUCGAGAUGACUCGUGAUUUCUUGGUUAGCUUGAGUGAUAAAGAAUAG